UCUGUGUGUCACUUUAGCGCCUGUGUUUAUCGCCGAGUUCUUAAAUUCUACAAGAGUCCCUAUUCACAUCGAAGAUGGGUAGGGAGGACAAGGCAACUUGGAAAUCAAACUAUUUCACCAAGCUCAUCCAACUGUUGGAAGACUACCCCAAAUGCUUCAUCGUGGGCGCGGACAAUGUCGGCUCCAAACAAAUGCAACAGAUCCGUAUUUCCCUACGAGGCAGCGCCGUUGUCCUCAUGGGCAAGAAUACCAUGAUGCGUAAGGCUAUCAAGGGCCAUCUGGAAGCCAAUCCUUCGCUAGAAAAGCUCCUCCCUCACAUCAAGGGCAACGUAGGGUUCGUUUUCACCCGCGGCGACUUGGUUGAGGUCCGUGAUAAGUUGCUGGAGAACAAAGUACGUGCCCCGGCUCGUGCUGGAGCUGUUGCACCUUUGUCUGUUGUUAUUCCAGCCCAGAACACUGGAUUGCCUCCUGAGAAGACCUCUUUCUUCCAGGCUUUGAGUAUUCCAACCAAAAUUUCAAAGGGUACUAUUGAAAUUGUCAACGAUGUUAACAUCUUGAAACCAGGAGAUAAAGUUGGUGCUUCCGAAGCUACUCUUUUGAAUAUGUUGAACAUCUCUCCAUUUUCUUAUGGUCUAAUUGUUGAACAAGUGUACGACUCUGGAACCAUCUUCGCCCCCGCCAUCUUGGACAUCAAACCCGAAGACUUGCGCGAGAAAUUCUUGGCCGGCGUGGCCAAUUUGGCCGCCGUGUGUCUGGCCGCCGGCUACCCGACCGUGGCCUCCGCGCCUCAUAGCAUCGCCAACGGGUUCAAGAACCUGUUGGCCAUCGCUGCGGUUACCGAGGUCGAGUUCAAAGAGGCCGCCACCAUCAAGGAGUACAUCAAGGAUCCUAGCAAGUUUGCUGCUGCCGUUGCACCAGCAGCUGCAGCGCCAUCUGCUGCCGCUCCUGAGGCUAAGAAAGAGGAGAAGGAAGAAAGUGAAGAGGAAGAUGACGACAUGGGUUUCUCCCUGUUCGAUUAAGAAAACACGGUUCUGCUUCUGUUUGAAAAUGUCGGGUCUGGUUGUGUUUUUGGUCAGCCUGACUGCAUAAUAAUAAAAUAUAAAAAGUA